UCAUCAUCAUCAUAAUAAUAAUAGGUUGAAUAUACACUUAGACAAUGAACAAGGAAGAGCAUCAGUUGGCUAUUGCACUCUUCUAAAAAAUGCAUCAUGCUGCUGUGACUUGGAGUGCACCAAUCCUGUUACGUCACUGCAACAACAUCCUCAUGAUUUCCGACUUCACAAAUCUCAACACUAACUACUUGCCACCUUCGCAGUCGACGUCUACCCUCGAAAUGUUCAACUCAAAGCACAAUGAUGAGUUUCCAUGGCAUCUGGGCGUUUAUGACGCCCAUUGCCAUCCCACGGAUACAAUGUCGUCCCUUCAAACGAUUCCACAAAUGAAAGCAACGACUUUGACGGUCAUGGCCACUCGUGGAGAGGACCAGGACUUGGUCCUCGAAACUGCGCAGUCAUUCAGCAAGAAGGAAAACGCAUUUUCAGGCACAGGACCAGGGUCUGUCCUGCCAUGCUUUGGUUGGCAUCCAUGGUUCUCACACCAGAUCAUAGACGAUAUUACAGAUUCUGCACAAUCUGCCGACCUUUCGCCCGAUGACAGAAAGACACAACACUACAAGAAAACUCUUACGCCGGCUCCCGGAGAAGACUUCAUCGCCUCCCUACCAGACCUCAAGCCGCUGUCGCAGCUGAUAGAAGAAACGCGAUCACGCCUCAGGGCCUGUCCCAAUGCCCUCGUGGGUGAAGUUGGCCUGGAUCGCGCAUUUCGGCUGCCAAACGCAUGGACACAAGACGAACAGCAGAAGCGCGACGAGAACAUGACGCCCGGUUCACGGGAAGGCAGGACACUUUCCCCUCACCGCGUGCAGCUGAACCAUCAAAAGGCUAUUCUAGAAGCGCAGUUACGUCUUGCUGGGGAGCUAGGGCGACCAGUUUCGGUGCACAGUGUCCAAGCACAUGGGGCGGUGUUUGAUCUGUUCAAAAAGCUCUGGUCUGGCUAUGAAAAGAAGCAGGUGUCGCGGCGGGAGAAGCGCCGCCAGCAGAAUGAAAGCGAUACAGCAGUGGACAGCGAUGCGGAAGUCAACCCGCAGCAACCGGACCAAGCCAAGGCCCACGAGAACCCACUUCCUUUCCCACCUCGAAUUUGCAUGCAUUCUUACUCGGGGCCUGUGGAGCCGCUGAAGCAAUUUUUACACCCGUCGAAUCCAUCUGUCGUGUAUUUCUCUUUCUCCGCAGUCAUCAAUUUCAGCAACCCUUCAUCCCAGAAAGUCAUGGAUGUUAUCAAGAGCUUGCCGGAUGACCGAAUUCUCAUAGAAAGUGAUUUGCACACUGCUGGCCCGCAGAUGGACGAGUUAUUGGAGCAGAUCAGCCGGCAGAUAUGCAAGCUUCGUGGUUGGACGUUAGAAGCGGGUGUUCAGCAAUUUGCAGACAAUUGGAAGCAUUUUGUAUACGGUUAGAGCCUGACCAGAUGUGGAUGGAGAUAUAUG